GCAGUUUCGAAUUAACAAUCAAUUGCUAAAGCCGCGUGUAUUUAAAACGCUCUCAAAAUGAUAUACAAAACAGCUAUAGUAUUGUUAAUAUUAGUGCAGUGCCUGCUGGCAGCGCCAACAAUCAAACAACAUACGUCAGUCGAUCUGCGGCAAGAGCAGCUGGAGCAGGAGGCACACACGGAGACCAUCAACCUGUUGAAUGCAUUGUUUCGGGCCCAGAUUGCCUAUUUCAGUGGUGUGCGUGAGAAACUGAACCCGCAGACAAAGCGCGCCCAAGAUAUAGCGCAAUAUGUCGUCAGACUACACGGGGCUAUAGCCGAGCCCGACAUGGACAAGAAGAACACAAUGUGGCUAAAUAUAUUCGAACAGUUCAAUCAAACGCCUUUGCUUUCCAACAAACAAGAGGAUACAGGACUUAGUGAUGAUCAAUAUAAAGCAUUGCUCACUGAUAAAAAGCUGCAGGACAUUACCCAGAGCUUUGUGCGUGAUGUCUCCGCUUACUUUUGGAAAAUAGCCCAGCUCAGUGGCAAAGUAAUUGAAAUUAGCAUGGAUGAUUAUGGCAAGAGCAAUGAAAUACAUAAAUAAGACUAAAUUCAAAGAGCCUAGAGAAGAAAUCUUUUAAAAAAAAAUUAA